CUGAAAAUAAAAAAAAUGUUAAAGGCUGCCGAAGAAAAGGUUCGGUCUCGUCGAAUCAUCUUUGUUCAGAGACUUAGGGAACAUUUUCAACGAUCUUUUUGUGAUCUCUGUAUGUGGAUUCUGAUUCUUCCAUCAUGUUAUAAAUACCACGCGACUCAAGCAACUAGAGUCUCAAGCAAAACUCCUCUCAGUCCAUCUUCUUCUUCUUCUUCGCUUUAUUCAAGAAGAUGGACAAGGUUAUGAGAAUGUCGUCCGAAAGAGGGGUAGUUAUAUUCAGCAAGAGCUCGUGUUGUUUGUCCUACGCGGUUCAAGUUCUUUUCCAAGAUCUCGGGGUUAACCCUAAGAUUCACGAGAUCGAUAAGGACCCUGAAUGCCGAGAGAUCGAGAAGGCACUAAUGAGGCUAGGGUGUUCAAAGCCGGUCCCAGCCGUCUUCAUUGGUGGCAAGCUCGUUGGUUCGACCAAUGAAGUAAUGUCCAUGCACCUUAGCAGCUCGCUUGUUCCCUUAGUGAAGCCAUAUCUAUGUUAA